AUGAAUCGUCAUGGGAAAGAAAAGAAAAUUCGGAAGCGCAUGGGGUGGCUUACUUCUGUGGCCGUGUCCAUAACGCCGAUUAUCCUAGGUCUCAAGGAGCACUAUCCGUGUCCAGGCCUUCUCAUGCGAGUACUACCUCCUAAAUCCCAGAUGGGCGAGACAGCUUCCUCGAUUCGGCAACGGGUACAACACGCAGCACCGAACAAACAACACGAAAACUCGGUACAAUCAGGCAGCGAAGGUUCCAUCAUGAACUACAUCGGAACACACAUGCGGCUUGCGCCACCGAAGUUAUGUCAUCACUGUAAAGAAACAGAACGGGGGUACGGGAAGAAACUGACCUCGCUGGACCUCAAGGUCGCGUUUGGACCCAUGUCUCCUGUGGCUGGCAGCGAUUCCGCUGGCCCACAUAAGAAUUGCGAUUCGAGGAAGAACUUCGGGCCUAUGAGGGAUAAAACCAAUAUCUCGUUGCCGGCGGAGAAUGCUUGUCGACAAUCUGCGCUGCUCUAG